UCGGGCGGGCUUCGGUAAUCCGGCGGGCUUUUUUUCCUCAGCAAAUCCGCUCCUGCCUUUCCUCGCGCCGCGUGUUCUGCUUCGGAGGCUUCUGUGACUCUGAGCAGCCUUUGUUCUCCGAGAGCUCCGGUGCCGGGAGGUCCCUGGAGAGGACAGCGGGUCACCAUGGAAGCCAAAAUGGUGACUGUGCGGCCGGGGCUGGCGGAACUCGGUCGGCACCCGCGGAUCUCAGUGACCUUUGAGGAUGUGGCUGUGAACUUCACCCAGGAGGAAUGGACUUUGCUGGAUCUAUCCCAGAAGAAUCUUUACAGAGAUGUGAUGCUGGAAGUCCUCAGAAACCUGACUACUAUAGGAAACACAUGGGAAGACAAGAACAUUGAAGUUCAGAUUGAAAAUUCUGGGAGUAGUCUAAGGCAGAUCACAUCUCACUCUGGACAGAAACCCUACAUGCAUGUGGAAUGUGAAGAGAAGCCAUGUGAAUUUAAACAAUAUGAGAAAUCUCUGGUUUCUCGUAGAAGUGGUGAAACACAAAUGUUAAUACAAACUGUAAAUGGACCUUAUAAAAGUACAGUGUGUGGGAAUGUCUUCAGUUGUCCCAAUUCCAUUCAAAGACAUGAAGAAACCCAUACUGGGCAGAAACCCUAUGAAAGUACACAAUGCGGUGAGACGUCUUCUUCUUUCACCGAUGUUCAGAGACAAAUGAUAACACACAGUCGUGAUAAACGUUUUAGGUGUAGGGUAUUUGGAAAAGCCUUUUGUUCUCCCUAUCUUUUUAGAAGACAUGAACAAACACCUACUGAGGAGCAAUGCCAUGAAUGCAUAAAUUGGGUGAAAGGCUUCAAAUAUUCCAAAUCCCUUAAAUGCCAUGGAGUAACUCACACCAGAGAGAAGCCCUAUAAAUGUGAGCAAUGUGGGAAAGCCUUCACUAAUCCCAGUUCAUGUAGAAGACACCAAAUAACUCAUACAGAAGAGAAGCACUAUGAAUGUAAGCAGUGUGGAAAAGCCUUCUCAAAUUCUUCUUCCCUUCACAUACAUAAACAAAGUCAUGCUGGGGAGAAGUCCUAUAAAUGUAAGCAGUGUGGCAAAGCCUUCACUUUUCCCUCUCACCUCCAAGUACAUGAACGAUCUCAUACUGGAGAGAAGCCCUAUAAAUGUAAGCAGUGUGGCAAAGCCUUCACUCAGUCCUCUAACCUUCGCUCACAUGAACGAACUCAUACUGGAGAGAAGCCCUAUGAGUGUCAGCAAUGUGGAAAAGCCUUUGCUACAGCCCAUCAACUUCACAGACAUGGAAGAAUGCAUACUGGAGAGAAGCCCUAUGAAUGUAAACAAUGUGGAAAAUUUUUUUCUAGAUCCAGUCAUCUUCAGAUACAUGGAAGAACACAUACUAGAGAGAAGCCUUAUGAAUGUAAACAGUGUGGAAAAGCCUUCACUCAGUGUUCUACCCUUCACUCACAUGAACAAACUCAUAAUGUACAAAAACUCUAUGAAUGUAAAAGAUGUGACAAAACCUUUACUUGUUCCUCUCAACUUCAAUUACAUGAACAAACUCAUAUUGGAGAAAAGCCCUAUGAAUGUAAACGAUGUGGAAAAGCCUUUGCUACAUUCCCUCAGUUUCAAAUACAUGAAAGAACCCAUUCUGGAGAGAAGCCCUAUGAAUGUGAACAAUGUGGAAAAGCCUUUGCAACAUUCUGUCAGCUUCACAUACAUGGAAGAAUGCAUACUGGAGAGAAGAUAAAUGAUUGUAAACAGCGUGGAAAAACCUUUGCUAAAUCCAGUUGCCUUAACAAACAUGGAAGAACUCAUACUAGAGAGAAGACCUAUAAGUGUCAACAAUGUGGAAAAGCCUUCACCACUUCCUCUCAUCUCCAGAUACAUGAACGAAUCCACACUGGAGAGAAGCCCUAUAAAUGUAAGCAGUGUGGCAAAGCCUUCACUCAGUCCUCUAACCUCUCUGCACAUGAACGAAUUCAUACUGGAGAGAAGCCUUAUGAAUGUAAGCAAUGUGGAAAAGUCUUCACUACAUCCAGUUCCCUUCACAAACAUGAAAGAACUCAUAGAGAGAAACCAUACGAAUGUCAACAAUGUGGAAAAGCCUUCACUACUUCCUUUUGUCUCCAAAUACAUGAAAAAACUCAUACUGUAGAGAAGCCCUAUAAAUGUAAGCAGUGCGGCAAAGCCUUCACUGAGUCUUCUAACCUUCAUUCACAUGAACGAAUUCAUACUGGAGAGAAGCCCUAUGAAUGUCAACAAUGUGGAAAAGCCUUUGCUACCUUGAGAUGCCUUCAUAAACAUGGAAAAAUUCAUAGUAGAGAGAAGCCCUAUGAAUGUCUCCAAUGUGGAAAAACCUUCACUAUUUCCUCUUAUCUCCAAAUACAUGAACGAACUCAUUCUGGAGAGAAGCCCUAUAAAUGUAAGCACUGUGGCAAAGCCUUCACUCAGUCCUCUAACCUUCACUCACAUGAACGAACUCAUACUGGAGAGAAGCCCUAUGAAUGUCAACAAUGUGGAAAAGCCUUUGCUACAUCCAGUUGCCUUAACAAACAUAGAAGAAUUCAUACUAGAGAGAAGCUCUAUAAAUGUAAGCAGUGUGGCAAAGCCUUCACUCAGUCUUUUCACCUGCACUCACAUAAACAAACUCAUAUUGGAGAGAAGACUUAUGAAUGUAAACAAUGUGGAAAAGCGUUUGCUAGAUCCUGUCACCUUCAGAUUCAUGGACGAACACAUACUGGAGAGAAGCCCUAUGAAUGUAAACAGUGUGGAAAAGCCUUUGCUGUAUCCCAUCAACUUCAUACACACGGAAGAUUGCAUACUGGAGAGAAGCCCUAUGAAUGUAAACAAUGUGGAAAAGCCUUUUCUACAUCCUGUCAGCUUCACAUACAUGGAAGAACACAUACUGGAGAAAAACCCUAUGAAUGUAAACAAUGUGGAAAAACCUUUGCUACAUCCAGUUGCCUUCACAAACAUAAAAGAACUCAUACUAGAGAGAAGCCCUAUAAGUGUAAACAAUGUGAAAAAGCCUUUGCUACAUCCAGUUGCCUUCACAUACAUAGGAGAACUCAUACUAGAGAGAAGCCCUAUGAAUGUCAACAAUGUGGAAAAGCCUUCACUACUUCCUCUUAUCUUCGAAUACAUGAACGAACUCAUACUGGAGAGAAGCCCUAUGAAUGUAAGCAGUGUGGCAAAGCCUUCACUCAGUCCUCUAACCUUCACUCACAUGAACGAACACAUACUGGAGAGAAGCCCUAUGAAUGUCAACAAUGUGGGAAAGCCUUUGCUAGGUCCGGUUGCCUUAACAAACAUGGAAGAACUCAUACUAGAGAGAAGCCCUAUAAAUGUAAGCAGUGUGGCAAAGCCUUCACUCAGUCUUGUCAUCUUCACUCACAUGAACAAACUCAUUGGAGAGAAACCUCUUAACAUCAACAAUGUGGAAAAGCAUUUGCUAGAUCCAGUCACCUUCAGAUUCAUGGAAGAACACAUACUGGAGAGAAGCCCUAUGAAUGUCAACAACGUGGAAAAGCCUUUGCUACAUUUUUUCAGCUUCACAGACAUGAACAAACUCAUACUGGAGAGAAAUCCUACUAAUGAAAACAAUGGACAAAGUCUUCGUUAUUACCAUUUUACUCAUAAACAUGUAGUAGUAAGUGUACUGGGGAAAAAUCCUUGCAGUGAAAAAAUGUGGUAAAUCAAUACUCCUUGUCUCCUUCUAAGACAUGAGAGGGCUCAAAUUGCAGAUUUGUUUUGUUUUGUUUUGUACUUGUGUGUUUGACCACUGAGCCCAUCCUCAGUCAUUUUUAUUUUUUAUUUUGAGUGAGGCACUAGUGGAGUUGCUUAGGGUCAUGCUAAGUUCUGGAGACUGACCUCAAACUUGUGAUCCUUCAGACUCAUUGUCCUGAUUGCUGGGAUUACAGGUGUACACCAUCACAUCAGACUGAAUAACUCUAAAUGUAAAAAAUAUGGAAAUUCUUCCUUUUUCUCAUUGCCUUCAAAGACAUUUCAUUUACCCUGUAAAACAAAUCUCCUGGCAGUGUGAUGUUUUAUUUUCCUUCUUAUAUACGAAAGUAUUCAUGGAGAGAAGCCUGUAACUGUGAGAAAUGUGUCUUUUAGGUUUUUUAGUUCCUUCUAAGAACUGGAAAUAUUCAUCUUGAACGAUUCAUGCAAAAUAAUAAUAUUAAAAUAAUAAAUUCUAUUCAAGUAAGAAAUGUAAA